GAUAUCCAAAUAACCAAGAUGGCGGACUUGGAGAGUUCACUCACGGCCAUGGACUGGCUUCCAAGAUUAACUGUUGGAGGCGCGAUGGCUGGAGCUGCCGUCGGAAAGGAAGGGGCGACUAAUGGUGCAUUAUCGAAAGGAAGUUGUGGACAUGUUGCUUUACGGAAAGGGCCGAAUUCACCAUUAGAUACGAGUGCAACUUUAGACCAAAAUGAAGUAACUGGUCAAAGGGACGGAAAGCCACCUUAUAGCUACGCUAAUUUAAUCACAUUUGCUGUUAAUAGUUCACCACGAAAGAAAAUGACAUUAAGUGAAAUAUAUCAAUGGAUAUGUGAUAACUUUCCUUAUUAUAAAGAGGCGGGGAAUGGUUGGAAGAAUUCAAUACGGCAUAAUUUAUCACUUAACAAAUGUUUUUUAAAAGUACCAAGAUCUAAAGAUGACCCAGGAAAAGGAUCGUACUGGGCUAUAGACAGUAAUCCUCCCGACGAUCCCCUUCCUGCACGACACAAGAAACGCAAGCUUAUCCUCUCUGACAGGGGUUCCCCCUACAGUCCAGAGUCAGGUUUGAGUCUAAGUCCUAGCAGUAUGGGUUCUGGACCCACACUCAAUGUCCAGGUGACAACAUGUCCAUUGCCUGUCUCACCUAACAACCAGACAUCCCAGCAGCAGAGACAGCCACCUCCCCCACCACCAAUGUUUAUGGACAGUCACGCUGGUAUAGAUGAUCUUAGUGCAUCCUUUAGGAGUCUGUACAAAUCCAUGGUUGAAGGCGGAGGGGGACCACCAGGACAAAGCAACAUCGAUACUUUGCCAGAACCUGACAUUAAUAAGCUCUUGAAUGGAUCUACGAACUUAGGUCAAGCACCGUCAUUUGGAGGCUCUCUGACAGAUUGGCUUCAGAAUGUUGACACGCUAAAGGAGAGUUUACGGUUGGCAGGAUCCGGAAACUAUGACUUCCAAAAUAUUGAUAUCUCACAGUUCCAAGGUCUGAUGGACACAAUGAAGAAUGCUGACCAGUCAAACUGGUCACUCAAUCCAGAGCAGUUUCAGGACCUUGCUUCUUCCUUAAAUAACUUUUUCAACCAAUCCACCACCAACCUGCCACACACUCCAUCCAGUAAUCCAUUGACAGUCAAUGUAAAACAGGACUACAGCUCCGACACCAACUCAACCAUCACAUCAUUGAACAAUAGUAGUGGAUCUCACCUCACCGUUCCCAUCACAUCAACGUCCGCAUCCCCACAGAUCAGCCCUCGCUCUACGGGAGGUGGUUAUAGUCCUCGUCCUUCCCAGGCUGUCAUCGUACAACCCACACAGACAGCCCAGUACCAGCUACGCGACGACAUUGAGGACGAUUUUAACUGGGACAAAUUACUAUGAUAUACUGUGCCCAUCAUCAUCGUUAUCAUCACACUGUGCAUUAGGUUUUGUAACGUUGUGUCAUUCAUUCAGUCAUAUUGUCUGUUAUUUAUAAAUGUGGGAAGCUGUGCAAAGAUUUGUGUGGAGUUCCGAGGAUGAUUUCGAAGUAGAGAGAAUCGGUCAAGUGCUGGAGUGAGGAAGGUACAUGUUCCUAACAGAAGCUGAGAUGCUGGAUCAACUUAAACUGCGAGAGUGCUAUUAGAACCUUAAAUGAAAUAAUGAAUGUAUAAUUUAACACUUUUAAAUGCAGACUGGUUUAAACCCUGUGAUCAUGUACAGUACAAGCCUGUUUCUAUAUAUACAUCACUUUAUAUAACUAUCUACAACUGAUGUUCAACUUAAACCAGUACUAGCUUGUUGGUAUAAGACACAAGUUAAACCAGUACUAGCUUGUUGGUAUAAGACACAACUUAAACCAGUACUAGCUUGUUGGUAUAAGACACAAGUUUAAAUGAAGAAUGCAAACAGGCAGUAGCAUUUGUUUUCAAUUUUAAACAAAUUUUUAUAUAUUUUUGAAAAAACUGAAAAGUGUAAAGGGGAAAAAAGACACUUUCAAACUUUUUGUUCUUUCUGGAAUUUUUUUUUUUUUUGAAAAUUUGAACAAUUAGAUACAAAGAAAUAGAUAAGUUAUUAUAGGAAAUAGUAUUUUUUGCGCAGUUUUAAUAUAUUUGCAAUGAAAAUACUGUAUUCUUUAUGAGUAAAUUAAUCGAGUAAACAACUUCUUGUACAUGUAUAUUUUGAUGCUGAUGACCUAUGUACAGGUACAUAUAGAACUGACUUACAAUUGUAAUUUUAUGGCAUUGCUAGAAAUGUAUUGAAUGACAUAGGGUGCGUUUUUAGCAUGUUGUGUUUCAAUGAAACAUGAUAGUCCUAUACAUUGUGAAUUGCUGUGAAGUUAACCCCCUAUGUAUCAGUGUUAGACAGAGUAUAAUUAUAGCUGUUGAUACAUUGUGGGGAUGUACAAUUCCACUAGCCCUAUACCCAGGACGAGUAGACUUUAUUCAGGGCUGGUGAACAAUUUCUAUGUGUACUUGGAAAAAUUUUGAAGCAGUAAAAGUUAAAAAAAAAAUAAAAAAGAAGCUACGGUUGCUUAAUGGUUAAGGUGUCUGACAUUCUGCUACCACUAGCCCUCCACCACUGGGUCGCGGGUUUGAGACCUAUGUGGGGCGGUUGCAAGGUACUGACUGCAGGUCAGUGGUUUUUCUCCAGGUGCUCCAGGUUUCCUUCACCACCAAAACCUGGCACGUCCUUAAAUGACCAUAGCUGUUAAUAGGACGUAAAAACUGCUUGCAAGCUAGUAUUUUAAAUAUGAAAUUGUACAUCCCUGCAUUGAUUUCACCACACAUAUUGGGUAUGUCAUUCAUUGUUAUCUCAAAUAUUUCAAGCAGAACCUUGUUCAGAAAAGCAAGCCAGUAAAUAUAAAUUGUUUAUGGUGAUGUGGUUUCAUUAACUUGGACAGUUUGUUCUAGAAAGAAGAAAAACUGUUCCCUCAAUGCCAGGGUGGGUAGGUAGACAACCUGGCUGGGGAUUGCUCUGAGGCUAGACUGUUUUGAUACACUAUAUGAUUUUACUGGAAGGACACGCUGUAUAAUGUCCACCGACACAGUAGUUUACGGUAUGAACGCUGACUAGAUUACUUCUAUAUGACACACACUAUGUGAACUAACCUUUCUGUAUAUAUUUCAUUAGGACUUAACAUUUUGCUCAAUAUGCGUGACUUACCCUGUGUGUGUGAAUAAUUGUCCAUGUCAUACUUGAAUAUGUGAUUGAUGCUUCAUAGUUGUAAGUGUUUACAAACAAUAAAUAUCACGUGAAACACAGUAAUCUACAUGAUGACAUGGUAAUAUUGGUCUUUAACAGUGAUUGUCUUUGGAUAGUUUACAGUCGAUUUUAUAUAAAAAAGGCAAUUUGUAUUUUUUUUCAUAAUCGUAUGAUAGUGUGAAUGAUAAAUGCUUCACACUGAACAGAAAGAUAUAUUGAGCACAGUACGUCUAUAUCGAUAAACUGCAUGUGUGUACAUGUUGGUGUGUGUAGUUGUGUAUUCAAGUGUGUAUGCAUUGUCGUGUUACAUGGCCAUUUUAGUUCUUUACCACCUUCAAUGUGUGCUCCAAAUCUGUUUUGCAAAUUGACUGGAUGACAAUUUCAGCACAAAUAAUUAUGAAUUAAACAUCAUUCUUCAUAUUUUAAUAGAAUAAA